CUGAGGGCAGCAGCAGCCGGCCUAGGGAGAGCCACAGCAGAGAGAAAAGACGCUCCUCAGCCUGAGGACACAUCACCUGCUCCAAGGCACUUGGUCUGCCCACUCCUCCAUGGAUUCAGCCAGCGUGGGGAUGCUGUGCGCCCUGCUCCUGCUCUCGCUGCCGGCCGGCCAAGCCCAGAAGCGGACAAAGGAUCACCAGCGCCACCACCACCACCACUGCUUCAGCCAGGAGCAGCUGCAGGCCGGGGAGCUGCCCACCCACUUUGUGAGCAGGACCAUGAAGUGGGACCGAUACGCCCCCGUGCAGCUGGUGCCACACCUGGAAAAGAUGCAGCAGGAAGGAGGCCAGAGACGCAAGCGCCAAGUAGAUGGGUGCCCGGCUCUGCAGCUCCAGGCUACCGUCAACAGCGAGCCCAACGAGCGCUCCCUCUCUCCCUGGAGAUACCGCAUCGACGAGGAUGAGAACCGCUACCCGCAGAAGCUUGCCUUCGCCGAGUGCCUGUGCAACGGCUGCAUCGACGUCAAGACGGGCCGGGAGACGUCCUCACUCAACUCUGUGCCCAUGCACCAGACCAUGAUGGUGCUUCGCCGCAAGCCGUGCCCACACAAUGCCAGCCCUGGAACCUUUGCCUUGGAGGUGGACUACAUCAAGGUGCCAGUCGGCUGCACCUGUGUCCUCCCCAGGUCCAGCGGCUGAGCACAUGACAGGUGCUGGAGCAGCAGAGCUCCCAUGGAGCCAGCUGAUUUCCAGCAUCUUAACCCCAGACCCCUACUGUGACCAUGUCACACCGACCAGUAUGUUUGUUUUAAAGCACUUACUAUUUAUUUCAGUUGUAGGCCCUAUGGAACCAUUUCCCUGUCCCUAGCGAGAC